AUGGGGGUGUAUUUCUCGGUUGAUAUUGCAUUAAUCUGCCUCUCCCUUAGAGGAGCAGACUAUCCCUCCGAGGUGACUUUUGAGUCGACUCAAAAGUCCAUAGGAGCGGACUAUCCCUCCGAGGUGACUUUUGAGUCGACUCAAAAGUCCAUAGGAGCGGACUAUCCCUCCGAGGUGACUUUUGAGUCGACUCAAAAGUCCAUAGGAGCGGACUAUCCCUCCGAGGUGACUUUUGAGCCGACUCAAAAGUCCAUAGGAGCGGACUAUCCCUCCGAGCCGCCUCAGUCAACAUCGCAGUCUUCUGCCUCUCCCUCAUGGGAGCAGACUACCCCUCCUUCCUCUCUUGACACGUCUCGUGACUCUCUGUGCGCGUUAACCACGUGUGCCUACUCUAAACCCCCCCAUGCCUUCGUGCCCCAGACACCCCUACCACCUGCCUCAGUCAACAUUGCAGUCUUCUGUCUCUCCCUCAUGGGAGCAGACUACCCCUCCUUCCUGUCUGAAGCUCACCGUGCAGGGCAUGGUAUGUGGGCUCUCUUGGGAGCGGACUACCUCUCCUUCCUCUCUGAAGCUCACCGUGUGUUGCAACCUGGGGGCUCACUCAUUAUAGCCGAGGUGAGGAGCCGGUUUGACCCCACCACAGGAGGGGCGGAAUUGAAGGACUUUGUUGCUGCACUGAAACAGCUUGGAUUCCGCCUUGUCUCCAAGGUAUAG